CUCCAUUUCCUCAGGUAGAACAUUAGUCUACCAGCGACGCAUUACUGCCAUACCUUCCGCCCCUCAUCUACAGGAUCUCACCAUGCCUUCUGCAAGCCGUAGGCAGGUAGUCUCUCCUCUACCUCCUCCACCACGCACCCUAUAUGCCCUCGGUCUGGAAGGCUCGGCCAACAAGCUCGGUUGCGGCAUCACCUCGCACGCACCAGACGGCUCCGUCUCCAUACUGUCCAAUGUCCGGCACACCUAUGUCACUCCUCCCGGGCAUGGUUUCCAGCCAGGAGACACAUCAAGACAUCACCGACAGUGGAUCCUGCAGGUAGUGGGCGAGGCAGUGAGGAGGAGUGGGAAGACACUGGAGGAGUGCGACUGCAUCUGUUUCACUAAAGGUCCUGGGAUGGGCGCUCCACUUGCGAGCGUGGCACUUGUAGCUCGCACCCUGAGCAUGCAGUACAAUGUUCCACUCGUGCCCGUGAAUCAUUGUGUCGGCCACAUUGAAAUGGGUCGCACCAUCACCGGCGCGCAGAACCCCGUAGUGCUGUACGUCUCGGGAGGCAAUACUCAGGUUAUUGCAUAUUCGGCGCAGCGCUAUCGCAUCUUUGGCGAGACGCUGGACAUCGCCGUAGGGAAUUGUCUGGACCGCUUUGCCCGAGUCAUCGGGCUGAGUAAUGACCCUUCACCGGGAUAUAACAUCGAGCGAGAGGCCAAGAAGGGCAAGUACCUCCUCCCACUGCCGUACGCUACAAAGGGAAUGGACGUAGCCCUGGGUGGUAUUCUGGCUUCUGUAGAGGCGUACACGAGGGACAAGCGGUUCAAGCCCAAUCCGGGUAGCAAGAUUCCGGCUUUCGGAACGGGAGAUGCUAGUGGUAGUACAGAGGAUUGGGGCAAGAUGGCCAAUGGCGAAACCUGGUCUGGCGAUGGUAGGCACGUCGGUCGACCUCUAGGACAAGACGGGACUGAAGUCGAGGAAGAGGACGAGGAGGGGGAGAACCCUAAUGAUCCACUUGCCCGCACGGCGGCACAAGUUGAUGAGAUCACACCUGCGGACUUGUGCUUCUCCCUGCAAGAACACGUCUUCUCUAUGCUCGUUGAGAUUACAGAGAGGGCAAUGGCUCACAUUGGAUCCAAGGAGGUGCUCAUCGUGGGAGGUGUGGGAGCAAACAAUAGGUUGCAGAAGAUGAUGGGUGUUAUGGCUGAAGAACGAGGAGGCAAAGUCUUCGCUACAGAUGAGAGGUUCUGCAUCGACAAUGGCAUCAUGAUCGCCCACGCCGGUCUUCUUUCCUUCCGCAUGGGACACACGAUCCCUCUGGAGAAGAGUACCGUCACUCAGCGCUUCAGGACAGAUGCUCCCUUUAUCAGUUGGAGAGCUUGAGAGUGUCCACUUACCCUUGUUGUUGCAAUCUGUAUAUUAGUCUUGAUGCGCUCGAGGGGGGCGACGGUCGACCGUGCCUUUCCCUCUCCCGCAAUAUUGUACAUCUGUCCCCGAAGUGACCCGCGAUAAGCCUCCGCCCGUACGAUGCACGUCGCUCUAAAUGCGUCUCCUUCCUCAGUCCUCGACGACCUUGACCUGCUCCACUCCAUCGGGCUGCGCAUGAACGAUGGCUGCCACGUCCUCCCCUAGCCCCUUCACCUCCGGGUCAUCC